AGCUAUCCAAUGGGCGGCGGUGCGGACCGAGGUGGGGACCGCGAUGGGCGGGGCCUCGGUGCCGGCGGAGCGGCGGGAGCCAUGAAGCUCAACGUGGACGGGCUCCUGGUGCCCUUCCCCUAUGACUACAUCUACCCCGAGCAGUUCUCCUACAUGCUGGAGCUCAAGCGGACGCUGGACGCCAAGGGUCACGGGGUGCUGGAGAUGCCGUCGGGGACCGGGAAGACGGUGUCGCUGCUAGCCCUCAUCGUCGCCUACCAACGGGCGCGGCCAUCGGACAUCACCAAACUGAUUUACUGCUCCCGCACGGUGCCGGAGAUCGAGAAGGUGGUGGAGGAGCUGCGGAAGCUGCUGGAUUGCUACGAGAAGGAGCUGGGGGAGAAGCUGCCGUUCCUGGGGCUAGCGCUGAGCUCCAGGAAGAACCUGUGCAUCCACCCGGAGGUCUCGGCGCUGCGCUAUGGGAAGGACGUCGACAGCCGCUGCAUGGCCCUGACGGCACCGCACGUGCGGGCCCAGAGCGAUGGCUCCCGGCCCCUCUGCAGCUUCUAUGAGGACUGGGACACCCACGGGCGCUCCGUGCCCUUGCCCCACGGCAUCUACAACCUGGACGAGCUGCGCGCCCUGGGCCGCCGCCGUGGCUGGUGCCCCUAUUUCCUCGCCCGCUACUCGAUCCUGCACGCCAACGCAGUGGUUUACAGCUACCACUACCUGCUGGACCCCAAGGUGGCCGAUGCCGUCUCCAAGGAGCUGGCCCGCAGGGCAGUGGUGGUGUUCGAUGAGGCCCACAACAUCGACAACGUCUGCAUCGACGCCAUGGGGGUCACCAUCACGCGCCGCACACUCGACCGGUGCCAGAGCAACCUGGCGGCACUGCAGGACGGGGUGCAGAGGCUGCAGCAGGUAGAUGAAGCCCGUCUGGCACAGGAAUACAGGCGCCUCGUGCAGGGGCUGCGGGACCCCGAGCUCAGCCAGGGGGGACCUCUUCUGCCCGAGGACAUGCCCACAGAGGCUCUCCCGGGCUCCAUCCGCUCCGCCCGCCACUUCCUGGGCUUCCUGCGCCGCUUCGUGGCCUUCCUGCGGACGCGGCUGCGGGGGGGGGGGGCCCUGCGCCAGGAGAGCGCCCCGGAAUUCCUGCGGGAGCUGCGCCAGCUCGCCUGCAUCGAGGCACGGCCCCUCCGGUUCUGCUCGGAGCGGCUCCGCUCCCUGCUCCGCACCCUGGAGGUCCUGGAUGUGUCCGAGUUCAGCCCCAUCUCGCUCGUGGCCAACUUCGGCUCCCUCGUGAGCACCUACUCCAAAGGCUUCACCAUCAUCAUCGAGCCCUUUGAUGACCGAACCCCAACCAUCAGCAACCCCGUCCUGCACUUCAGCUGUCUCGACGCCUCCAUCGCCAUCAAACCCAUCUUUGAGCGCUUCCAGUCCGUCAUCAUCACCUCAGGGACUCUCUCCCCACUGGACAUGUAUCCCAAAAUCCUGGAUUUCCGCCCCGUUACCAUGGCGACAUUCAGCAUGACGCUGGCCCGGACUUGCCUCUGCCCCAUGAUCGUGGGGCGCGGCAAUGACCAGGUUGCCAUCACCUCCAAGUUUGAGACACGGGAAGAUAUCGCGGUGAUCCGGAACCUGGGCAACCUCCUCCUGGAGCUCUCGGCUGUGGUCCCUGACGGCAUCGUGGCCUUCUUCACCAGUUACCAGUACCUGGAGAGCACCGUGGCUGCCUGGUACGAGCAGGGCAUCCUGGAGAACAUCCAACGGAACAAACUCAUCUUCAUCGAGACCCAGGAUGGGGCCGAGACCAGCAUGGCCCUGGAGAAGUACCAGGAGGCCUGUGAGUGCGGCCGUGGGGCUGUUCUGCUCUCAGUGGCGCGAGGGAAGGUGUCCGAAGGGGUCGACUUUGUGCAUCACUACGGCCGCGCCGUGAUCAUGUUCGGGGUGCCCUACGUGUACACCCAGAGCCGCAUCCUCAAAGCACGCCUGGAGUUCCUGCGGGAUCGGUUCCAGCUGCGGGAGAACGAGUUCCUGGCCUUUGACGCCAUGCGCCACGCAGCCCAAUGUGUGGGGCGGGCGCUGCGGGGCAAGAGCGACUACGGCAUCAUGGUGUUCGCCGACAAGCGCUAUGCACGCCCCGACCGCCGCGGGAAGCUCCCGCGCUGGAUCCAGGAGCGGAUCCCGGAUUCCAGCCUCAACCUCACGGUGGACGAGGCCGUGCAGGUGGCAAAGGGGUUCCUGCGUGCCAUGGCCCAGCCCUUCCGCCAGGAGGACCAGCUGGGUCUGUCCCUGCUCACCGUGGAGCAGCUCCAGUCCCGGGAGGUUCUGCAGCGCCUCGAGCAGGGGGUGCAGCAGCUCUGACCCUCCCCUG